AAAGCGAAGCGGGGUGAACCUGCUGUGGCGGUGGGGCGCGCGCAGAGCACAGACUUCUCCAGUGGGGAUUUUUUUUUUAUUUACUGAAGUCCGUCCCUCUGUUGUUCCUUGUCACGGCGCACGGAGGAGCGCACGGUCCCCUGCUGCACCCAGACCAUGCACGGCAGUCUCCCAACGCAACUACUUCUGUGUUCGUUUAAAUGUCCUUAGAAUGGAUGCGGUCAAAUGGCUGAAGUUAACCCGACGGUGCUUUCUUUUGGAUGACACGAGGAAAUGCUGGCUCUGGGGCAGCGGUAAAACAGUAUUAACUAACGGUGCUGGCGCAAGGUGGAGAUAACGGAAUUACCUGUGUGACCGAACAACUGUGAGUGAGACGCCAUUCAUUCUAUAAGAUCGAAACUCAGACUGAAGGAACUCCACACUUAAGCCUCCAAUAGGUAGACCUCUGCAUGAAUUAGGCAUAAAACACCCGACUAUAUGCAUGUAUUUCAUUUCACCUCAAUCCAAAUGUGACCCGCAGCACUUAAUAGCCGAGGUUAUAUCCUUAAGUUUGACACAUUUCCACGAAACGCACCGCUUCCUUUCUUGCACAUUAUUUAGCUGGUUCAUGAAAAAGUCACAACAGUCGCAACAUGAGGCGAUGAGUCCCACAUGUAACCUUAGAGCUGUCUGUAUAGAGCCUUUAUUACUGCUGACAUAAAGUUUUACGCAGCGUCUGGCACUGGGCGCAUGUUGGCUAGUACUUUUCUUUUUCAUAUAACCUUAGAGUUUCCUGUAUAGAGCCUUUAUUACUGCUCAUAUCCACUUUUACGCAGCGUUUGGCACAGGGCGCACGUUGGCUAGUCCUUUUCUUUUUCAUAUAACCUUAGAGUUUCCUGUAUAGAGCCUUUAUUUCUGCUGAUAUAAAGUUUUACGCAGCGUCUGGCACAGGUCGCAUGUUGGCUAGUACUUUUCUUUUUCAUGUAACCUUAGAGCUGCCUGUAUAGAGCCUUUAUUACUGCUGAUAUACACUUUUACGCAGCGUUUGGCACAGGGCGCACGUUGGCUAGUCCUUUUCUUUUUCAUAUAACCUUAGAGUUUCCUGCAUAGAGCCUUUAUUACUGCUGACAUCAACUUUUACGCAUCGUAUGGCACAGGGCGCACGUUGGCUAGUCCUUUCUCUUUUCAUGUAACCUUAGAGCUGCCCGUAUAGAGCCUUUAUUACCACUGGCACACACUUUUACGCACCGUAUGGCAUUGGUCUCACCAACGUGUAACCAUAGAGCUGCCUGUAUAGAGCCUUUACUACUCCAGACAUAAACUUUUACGCAGCGUCUGGCACAGUGCGCACGUUGGCCAGUCCUUUUCUUUUGGUGGAGUGACUUGAAACUCCACUGCAUGAUAUCUGCUCCAGGAUAACAGUUGCACUGGAAGCAUGCGCCCUUCACGGUGAAGAUAAGCCUGCCUUGUAUCUGACAGUGUUUUUGGAUCAAACAUGCAUGGCUGCUAUAAAUACAUGCUUUUUACUAUCUGAGCUAUUCUUGGGCAUCAUGAUGUGGAGACAGCUGUGGUGAUUACAUUUUUUAUCUUGCUGUUUCCAUGCGUCUGUCUUCCUCCCCAGACCUCUGGACGUUGUUGUGGACUGUGUUGCUAUUUAAUGCGAUGGGCUGUAUCCAGAGUAUCAGGUGUAAGCCCAAAAGUUUCCGAGACAGUAUCAUCGUCCUGGAGGUGAACACUUCAAUCGAUUCCAACCCCACCAGCAUCGACGAGUCCUCUAGUGUGGUCCUGCGCUACCGGACACCGCACUUCAGAGCCUGUGCGCGCGUCUUGGUGCCUCCUGUGCCGGGAAAAGAAACAUGGACCAUUGGCUGGAUUCAAGCGUGCAAUCACAUGGAGUUCUACAACACGUAUGGGAACAAAGGAAUGUCAAGUUGGGAGCUUCCUGAUGUGCGUGAUGGAAAAAUCCAAGCCAUCAGUGACUCAGAUGGCGUCAACUACCCCUGGUAUGGAAACACCACCGAGACAUGCACCGUUGUGGGUCCCACCAAAAAGGACAGUAAAUUCACAAUUAGCAUGAAUGACAAUUUCUACCCCAGUGUGACUUGGGGAGUACCCGUCAGCGACAGCAAUGUGCCUCAGCUCAGCAGUAUCCACAGAGACCAGAGCUUCACCACAUGGCUCGUGGCCAUCAACCAGGCCACGGGCGAGACUCUGGUCCUGCAGACCAUUCGCUGGAGGAUGCGUCUUCAUAUUCACGUAGACCCAGAGAAACCCCUGGGACAAAGGGCUCUUCUCAAAGAACCUAUAGCCCAGGAACAGCCUCAAAUUCUGGGCAAGAAUGAGCCCAUUCCAUCCAAUGCCAUGGUCAAACCCAACGCCAACGAUGCACAGGUGUUGAUGUGGCGGCCAAAGAGCGGUGAACCUGUAGUGGUCAUCCCCCCCAAAUACUGAGCCGGGCCUUGGAUACCAAAAUAUACAAACAUCUCCUCAUUGUACUGUGUGAACUGGGAUCAUUGUGAGCUUUGACAGCUUUAACAUUUGAAAUAUUUCAAUUUAAGGAAUUUAUUUUUCAACAAACUAUAGACAAAGCAAAGAAAGAAAAAAGGCUCUGAGUCCGUGUCCAGGUGAAGUUGGUUGUUACUGGAGUCAACAAUCAUUUUACAUUCAGGCUGAACUGGGUCAAACUGUGCUAUUUUAUAUGAAGCUCAAAUGAGCUUUUGGUCAUAAUUGUAUUUGGUAGUUUCUGCCAAAUAUGUGUUUGUGAGUGUGUGUGGGAAUAUUUAUUUGGUACUAUAUAUACAGUAUUUGCACAAGCCCUACAUAUGCGAAUACUAUUUACAGUAUGUAUUUAUAGGCUGGGAGAGAGUGCAUUCAGUUUUGUUUAGUUUGUCCUCGUGUGAUAAUUGCAUUGUUUUUUUUAAGAUACAUGCAAGACAUUCAAUCCAUGCUGCCUUAAGAUGCAUUUAGCUUCCCAUGGCCACAUGUUUAGCCUUAUACCAAGUGCAAUGCAGUAUAUUUUUACUCCUUCAUCAGAUCUCUUCCAGAUUGUUGGUGCUGACAUGUGGGUGUGAGUUUAGGUUAGAAAAGUCAGGUACAUGACAAAUGUAUUAACACUGUGUGGACAUGGAGAUGAACGUCCAAGCACAACAGCCGAUGGAUUCACUUCACUCUUUGCAUUUAGUGAGAAAGGAAACUUCUCUUCGUAGUAUCACUCCAUCUCAGGGCCUUAACGUUUUGUCUCUUGUCAUCCUGUCUUUUCUAAAUAGUGUAUAGCAAUAUGGUUAGUAUAUUUAUUAGCGAUUUAUGCAUCAGAAAGUAUAAAUUGCAGGUGUAGUUAUCAUGUUUGCAGUAUAUUUCCUUCCUUUGUGUAUUGACUUUCACCUCAUAUGUUUAAUGUGGGAGAAAGUAAAGCAGGACAAGCUGAAUGCUCAGAGUAGAUCUGACCCACGAGUGUGUGCUCGUCCAGUGCAGCAGACGUACACAGCCCACUCUUCUAUGGAGGAUCACCACAAGGGAAUUUAAGACGCUCGUAUAAACACUUCAGUUUAUUUUAUCUUUAGAGAGAUGGUGCUUUUGAAUGAAAUUGUAGCGUUAAAAACAUCUUUUCGUAUAUGACAGAUUGUAGAAGUUAAGAAAACAUAUUUGACCAAGAUUCAACUUCCAAUUCAGAGUUAAAUGAAAUAGUGAAGUAGAACAAUAGUUAUUAUAAAUGGCAUUGUGUUGUCUGAACUAAUUAAACGUUGCCCCUUUGAAGGUUGUGUUUCAGUUGACACCACAAAAAAUUGAGGUGGUGUUAGGGUUGAGGUGCUGUAUAGACAUAAAUGUAGACUAUUAGAAAUGAUCAAUAGGCUGCAGUACUGCUUCCUUCCCUAAAUCUGGGACAUUGGCACAUUGUACGUCAUUAAAACCACUGACUUGCUUCACUGCGCACAUGCAUGUAGUACUUAAGCCCGUGUACUUCCUCUGCUGUGGGCUGAGUCACGGGCGGCGCACAGGGGAAGCUCAGGGUACAGGAGACACUGUGGAGCUGUUGUCAUUAUAAUUAGGUCUGCAGUGGUACACUUCAAGAAGCAGCAGACCCUAGACCGGAGUGAACUGUGCUAGCGCUGAGUCACAGGAGAGAGACUGGGAUGCGUAAUGGGGUCAAACAGCAAGGUCAGGGGUCACGGCACUGUCUGCAAGAGGAGAGCUCAGUGCGGACAGCUCAAUGGUCACACCGGAGACUACGCUGCAAAAAAACAUAAAUUAUGCUUUAUUAAAUAUAUAAUGUGUGAUAGGAAAUGGGAAACGCUGGGACAAGUACAUUUUGUGUAGGAGAAUUGCACAUUUUAUAAAGCAUGCAGUAAGUCAGGUGCCUUUUUUAGGGUCAGUUUCAGCUUAAACAACUUUUGAAAUGGCAACUUUUUACCCACUAGUCCUAUAUUUUCAGUGAAUGGACCUCAUGUUUGAGUUUUUAAGGCUGUAAAAGAAUUAUACAACGCAAAUACUUCAGCUAAACUUCCCCAGGCAAUAAUCUUUCUAAUAUUUGAACGUCAUAUAUUCUCUAUUUCUCUCUAUAUCUUGCAGUACUUUUGCUGCAGUGCGAAUACAGCCUGAGAUACUUCAGCAGAGUCAAAACUAUUGACCUUUUUAACAGCUGGCAGCCAUGAUGACAGCUAAAAUAGACAACAUGCAUUUGGCCGUGUGAAGUCUCCAGUCGGCCUUUGGGAGAGAGGCCAGAGCUGCUGCUGCUGCUGCUGCUGUGACCAAGGCAGGACUUUGUCUCAGAGGAUCCGAGAAGGCUGUGUCCUUGUCAUGUAGCUCAUCCUCACAAACACUGGCAAAGGGAGAGAAAGAGGGAGAGGGGGGAGAGAAAGAGAGAGGGGGAGAGGUAGAGGGAAAGAGAGAGAGGAGAGAAGGAAAGGGGGGAGAGAGGGGGACCCGCUGGAUGGGUAUUAGAUUGUCACUGCGGACUCCAUUGACCGGCCAAGCUGACGGAUCCCCUGACGCACCGAAGGCAGACAGCCAGUUUGAGUGUCGGGUUUAAAAAGGGAAACAGAGUCCAUACGUCUGCUAUUAUUCAUGUUUGUAUUUUUACCAACGGGCUUCCUUUUACCAAGACAGUUGCACAGUUUUUGAUAAGCAAAUAGUGCCAAAAUGGAGCGAUGCCAAAUCUAUGCAGUGGGACCUGCACUGUUUUGUUUCUUGGCUUCUUCCAGAGAGUAUGUUACAGUUUGUAUUGUUUUAAUGUAACUUAAACAUGUAUGUAAAUGUACAGUGCUGUGUAAAAGUCUAGUUUAUAGAGUCUUCAAAUGUUUCCAUCACAGAAGAAAUGACCUAAAACUAUUUCCCCAUCGAGAAGCACUGGCUCAAGGAUCAACAACAAAAUGCAUUGCUGUUCCUUGGCCAUUUUUUUUAAACUUACAAUUGAGAAAACAUGAGUUGAACUGAAUCUUUUAGACAUUUGCACAGCACUGCGUGACGUGCCAAUCAAACAAACAACAUCCCUCCUAAACCCAUAACAUGAGAGUUCUUCGAGGAGCUGCUAUUUUGUGAUGCACACACUUUCCGUUAAUGACUGAACCGAUGCCGCCCUCGACAGCUGCCUUUGUACCGGGCCAGACCUCUGCUCCUUUCACUUUUCUUUCUACCGUUCUUCCUUGCGUGUUUAUUUUCUGUUCAUGUAGAUCAAAGAGCCACAGUGUUGUCCUUAUAUUUGUUUGUUUUAUACUGCAGCACUGGAAUACUUCAAGGUGUGUGCGAUUAUUAUUAUUAUUUUUUUUAAAACUUUGACUUUUACUCCAAUACUUGAAAAGUGGAUUUGUUCUGUUGAAUAUUUCUAACUGUGAAAUGCACAAUACUGGGAGGUUUACCCCGAAAAGGAAAAUAAAAGUUGUGUUCAUUGACCAUAAAUGCAGUAAAUGUAUUGAAUGUAUUUAUUUAUUUAUCUGCAAAAUACUUUUCACUGUAAAAAGCUGUGAGUAUG